GUAAACCGUUUCUUUGCCGGAUCUACAAUCAACUUUUAGGCGCAUAAAGGAAUUAGAGGGGCAACUUCGAGUGUCCAAAGGCAGUUGACAUCUGCCCCAAAACACUAAAAGUAUCAUAUAAUUGUACACUAAUAAAACUCUCCCGUAUCAGAUUCAUUUUUGGAUCGAGAGAGAGAGAAACCACGCGGCAUGAAUUUACAGAGGCCAGAUCUGAAGAUCUAGCCCUACAUAUCUCAAAUUUAGCAUUCAUCAAUCGCUAGAUUUAAAGUUUUAGUAGUAGGAAGGAAUAAUCAUGGAAUUGUUUAAGAAUUUACCGGAGAUGGAUCUGAUGCGCUCGGAGAAGAUGACGUUCGUCCAGUUAAUCAUUCCGGUUGAAUCCGCUCACCGCGCCAUAUCCUAUCUUGGCGAACUCGGUUUACUCCAGUUCCGUGACUUAAAUGAAGAUAAAAGCCCAUUUCAAAGAACAUUUGUUAAUCAGGUAAAAAGAUGUGCUGAGAUGUCAAGAAAGCUUCGCUUCUUUAAAGAUCAGAUACACAAGGCUGGUUUACUAUCUUCUGCUCUUCCAACAAUGCAACCAGAUGUGGACUUGGAGGCAUUGGAGAUACAACUUGCUGAACAUGAACAUGAACUUAUUGAGAUGAAUGCCAACAGUGAGAAACUACAACAGACAUAUAAUGAGCUGCUGGAGUUCAAAAUGGUGCUGCAGAAGGCAGGAGAUUUCCUUCUCUCAGGUAAAAGUUAUGAAACUGCAGAUGGCAGAGAACUAGAAGAAAAUGUAUAUGCCAGUGACUAUCCAGAUUCAGUCUCAUUACUUGAACAGGCAACACAAUCAGGAGCCUCAAACUUAUCAGGUCUUAGAUUUAUAAGUGGCAUUAUCCCAAAAUCCAAGGUUUUAUUAUUCGAGAGAAUGUUGUUUCGUGCAACAAGGGGAAAUUUGCUUUUCAAUCAAGCAACUGCAGAUGACCUCAUCAUGGAUCCUGUAACAUCUGAAAUGGUUGAGAAAACUGUAUUUGUAGUUUUCUUUUCUGGAGAGCAGGCAAAGACAAAAAUCCUCAAAAUCUGUGAAGCAUUUGGUGCAAGUUGCUACCCCGUUCCAGAGGACAUAACAAAGCAGACUCAAAUAACCCAAGAGGUUCUAUCAAGGCUUUCUGAGUUGGAAACCACUUUAGAUGUUGGAAUUCGACACAGGAAUGCUGCUCUUCAUUCCAUUGGGUUUCGCUUAAUAGUAUGGAUGAACAUGGUUAAAAGAGAGAAAGCUGUGUUUGAUACUUUGAACAUGUUAAACUUUGAUGUUACAAAAAAGUGUCUAGUUGGAGAGGGAUGGUGCCCGAUAUUUGCUAAACCCCAGAUUCAGGAGGCACUGCAACGUGCAACAUUUGAUAGCAACUCACAAGUGGGCAUCAUAUUUCAUGUAAUGGAUGCUGUGGAGUCACCUCCAACAUAUUUCAGAACUAACAGUUUUACAAAUGCAUAUCAAGAAAUUGUUGAUGCCUAUGGUGUUGCUAAAUACCAAGAAGCAAAUCCAGCAGUUUAUACUGUAAUUACUUUUCCAUUUCUUUUUGCUGUCAUGUUUGGGGAUUGGGGACAUGGAAUAUGCUUAUUGAUAGGUGCAUUAGUUCUCAUAGCACGUGAAGGAAAGCUUAGUACUCAGAAACUUGGGAGCUUCAUGGAGAUGUUAUUUGGUGGUCGUUAUGUACUUCUCUUAAUAUGCCGUGACCCCUCAUGCAGCGAUGCAUAUACAGUUGGUUUAAUCAAAUAUCGCGAUGCAUAUCCAUUUGGUGUGGAUCCUAGCUGGCGUGGGAGUCGUUCAGAGUUACCCUUUUUAAACUCUCUCAAAAUGAAAAUGUCUAUUUUGCUUGGAAUUGCUCAGAUGAAUCUUGGAAUCAUGUUGAGUUAUUUCAAUUCGAUUUUCUUCAACAAUUCAUUGGAUAUAAGGUACCAGUUUAUCCCACAGAUGAUAUUUUUAAACAGCCUUUUUGGGUAUCUUUCACUUCUGAUUAUCAUAAAAUGGUGCACGGGUUCUCAAGCGGAUCUUUAUCAUGUCAUGAUUUAUAUGUUCUUGAGUCCCUUUGAUGAUCUUGGUGAAAAUGAGUUGUUUUGGGGACAAAGGCCUCUUCAGAUCCUAUUGUUGUUUUCAGCUCUUGUUGCUGUUCCAUGGAUGCUUUUCCCCAAACCUUUCAUUCUAAAGAGACUUCAUGCUGAGCGAUUCCAAGGUCGUGCAUACGGGAUUCUUAGAUCAUCCGAGGGAGACACCGAUUCCGAACCUGGUUCUGCAAGACAACGCCACGAAGAGGAAUUCAAUUUUAGUGAAGUUUUUGUACAUCAAAUGAUACAUUCCAUUGAAUUUGUACUUGGUUCUGUUUCCAAUACUGCUUCAUACCUUCGAUUAUGGGCUUUAAGCUUAGCUCACUCAGAAUUAUCCACUGUAUUCUAUGAGAAAGUUCUCCUCCUUGCUUGGGGGUAUGAUAAUUUUAUAAUCCGAAUGGUGGGGCUAGCGGUGUUUGCUUUUGCAACUGCAUUUAUACUGUUAAUGAUGGAGACACUAAGUGCUUUCCUUCAUGCAUUGAGGCUACACUGGGUGGAAUUUCAAAACAAGUUCUAUCAAGGCGAUGGUUAUAAAUUCAAACCUUUCUCAUUUGCUGCUGUAUUAGCUGAUGAUGAAGAUUAGUACUAGUCCUAGUAAAAUGACAGUUUUCUCCUCACCUUUUCUGGGGAACAAGUACACGUUUUCCCAAAAUCAGAGUCUUUUUUUUUUACCCACCCACACAGGCGUAAAAAGGGUAACAACAACCUUAAAACACAGAAUUUUUGGGUAGUUAGAUAUGUUUUUAUUUUUACUUUUUAUUUUACCCAUGUGCAGCUUUUCAGUUAACAUAGCAUUGUAGAAACCCUGCUUGCACAAAUAUGGUUUAUAUUACAAUGUAGGUGCUGUAAAGAGGGGAUGUUAUAUCAUAUUAUCAGAUUCGCGUAUUCUGUAGAUUUGCAAUCUAUACAUUUUUCUAUUAUGGUGUUUACUCAGUAGUAUAAUGAACAAAAUUUACACAAAUUACUACUCUUAGUCUAAUGAGUUGUUUCUUUUUGACUUAACGAGUAACCACUUAAUGUGGACAACAAUAUAUAUGGUUGUUUCUUUUUUGACUUAUUUUGGACAAUAUGAUUUAAUGAAUUAAACCCAAAAAAUUCGGCUUAAUAUA